UUGUUUUGGUUGCAGCCAGUCGUCAUUUUUCCUUAUUUGUUGUUGAUCUGAGCGAGUUUGACUCUUCGCCACCCAACUUGACCAACCGCCCAUCAUCGUGACACUUUUUUUUUUUACAGAUUCGUGGUCAACGUUUCAUCCGAUGACCAAUCCCGCCGAACCGGCGCCGCGAGAUGACGCUGCAGAAGCAGAACACGUCCCAGAAGCAUCGAGCUCCUCCUCCUCCUCCUCGCGGCCUCAGCGCCAGUCCGCCGGUCGCAUUACUCGAUUCGAGUUUGAGCCCGCGCCGCGCCAACCGCGGAGAGCGUCCGUCACGAGCUCUGCGGCGGGUCCUGCAAAGCGAUCGCGUGUCGCCAACGACGACCAGCAGCCGACUGCGGACCCUUCAUCCAUGUCUCAGCUGCUUGCUGCUGCCAGUGUCGCGUCCAGCGCACUGCCACACGAGAGCAGUAGCAGCUCGUCUGCCGCCGCUGCUGCUCCUGGUGCGGAGGACUCUGGCGCUGCGGCGGCAUUGCGUCCAGCCACAGCUGCUUGGAGCCAAGCAUACAUCCCAGUCACUGUGCCGGCAAGCUUGAAAUCUCGAGGACACGGAGAGCUUGAAGCAUAUCGAACAAAUCUAGUGGCGUGGCGGGACGCUUGCUGGUCCCAACUGGAUCGGCAAAAGGUGGAUGCGCAGCCGCCCUUGUCCAAGCAGCUGGCCGCUGCGUUUGCCGCGAUGGCUCAAGAGAGCAGGUGGCAAGCAGCGGAAGACCGGGAGCCCGCAGCCGGCCAGUGUGACUAUGCUCAGAUUUACACGUACUUUCAACACCUGGCCGAGCCGCCAUUUUCGGCACGCGUCAACAUGGCCGACAUGCUCGGCCCAGCUGAGAAACAAGUUGUUGAAACACUCUUUCACAUGCUGCUUGACUCUCUUGAGGCUGUGGAUGUGCAUCACCAUCGUCACAUCUUGCGGCAGCGCUAUCACCAGCUUUGCGACCAGCAGCAGCAUGCGGUCAGUAGCAGCGGACCUCAGCUCUCUGCUAGCCCGUCCGUUGCACCUCCGCCCGCACCCGAAGCGUCGGGAAUGGCCUCUGGCGGGACUUUGAUCACUAAUUCGGCGUUACAUGCCCUCAAUCCGUUCCAGCUUGCGGUGUCCAUGCUGAAUCCAUUGGCGACAAACACCCAACAGCCGGCCGCCAGCUGAGUUGCAUCGCUUAUCGUUCCCCCAGACUUCUGGUUUCUUUUUGCUUAUUUGAUUCUCCUGUGCUUGUUCGGGUUGGCGAGGCGGGGUCUUUUUUCCAUCUCGAUUCCGCGACUUUUUUCCCAUUCGCUACUGUACAAUACGCUGCGUUAGUGACACCUCUUUAACUUAUAGUAAUAAUACUGCAUUCAAUUGCUAAUGGA